GUCAUCACGAGUCCCCCAUCCCUCCAGUUAUCCACUCGGCAGCGCUCCACGUUGCUCUUUUGGUACCGCGAGCACCUCCAAGCCAACCUUUGCAUGUCGGGAGCGUGUGUGAGAGUCGAGCAUCGAACCGAGCCCAAGGACACCGGCAGAAUUCUCCACCGCGAGGUGCUGCCUCCAGUCCAGCUUGCAUCUUUCCUCCUCGCCGCCUUCUCUUCGUGAGCAGACAUGCCUCCUCCAGUGGGGGGCCCCACAGGAUACACCCCUCCCGAGGGGGGCUGGGGCUGGGCCGUGGUGGUGGGGGCGUUCAUCUCCAUCGGCUUCUCUUACGCUUUCCCCAAAUCCAUAACGGUCUUCUUCAAAGACAUCGAGGUGAUCUUUGAUGCCACGCCCAGCCAAGUCUCCUGGAUCUCCUCCAUCAUGUUGGCUGUUAUGUACGCAGGAGGUCCAAUCAGCAGCAUCCUGGUGAACAAAUUCGGAAGCCGACCCAUCAUCUUGAUGGGCGGCUGUCUGGCAGCGUCCGGACUGGUCGCCGCCUCCUUUUGCAACACAGUGCCGCAGCUCUACUUUUUCAUCGGCGUUGUGGGAGGAUUGGGACUGGCGUUUAACCUGAACCCGGCCCUCACCAUGAUCGGCAAGUACUUCUACAAGCGGCGACCCAUCGCCAAUGGCAUCGCCAUGGCCGGCAGCCCCGUCUUCCUGUCCACGCUGGCGCCACUCAACUCGUGGCUGUACGACCAGUUCGGCUGGAGAGGCAGCUUCCUCAUCCUGGGGGGGCUUCUGCUCAACUGCUGCGUGGCCGGCUCGCUCAUGCGCCCCAUCGGACCCCGGUCGCCGCCCCCCAAGCCCGGCGCAGAGGCCGAGCCCAACGGUGAGGCGCGACCCAAGAAGACGGUGCUGCAGACAAUCAACUCCUUCAUCGACCUGACGCUGUUUAAGCACCGCGGCUUCCUGCUCUACCUGAUGGGCAACGUCAUCAUGUUCUUCGGCCUCUUUGCGCCGCUCGUCUUCCUCUCCAAUUUCGCCAAGAGCAAAGACAUCAGCAAAGACAAGGCAGCCUUCCUGCUGUCCGUGCUGGCCUUUGUAGACAUGUUUGCUCGGCCCUCCAUGGGUCUGCUGGCCAACACCAAGUGGGUCCGACCUCGCGUGCAGUACUUCUUUGCCGGCGCCGUCCUCUACAACGGCGUGUGUCACGUCUUGGCGCCGCUGUCCACCACCUACACGGGUUUUGUGGUGUACGCCAUCUUUUUCGGAUUCGCCUUCGGCUGGCUAAGCUCGGUGCUAUUCGAGACUCUGAUGGACCUGGUGGGAGCGCAGAGAUUCUCCUCCGCCGUGGGCCUGGUCACCAUCGUGGAGUGCGCCCCUGUGCUACUCGGCCCGCCGCUGACAGGAAGCUUCUACAACUACUACCAGCACUACGACUACACGUACAUCUCGUCGGGCAUCAUCCUCAUCGUGGCCAGUCUCUUCCUCUUUGUGGGGAUGGGUAUCAACUACAAACUGUUAGAGCGAGAGAAGAAGAAAGAGGACAAACGUGAGCCUAAGGAGGAGCGCGCUGCCAUGCUGGACCAAGCCUCGCCCUCCAAGGCCAACGCAGAUGACGUGGAUGAUGUGGAUGACGAGGCCGCCGCUGCGCCCGACGCCGACAAACUACAGGAUUCCAAGAUGGACGAGAACACCGUGUAGGAGCGGAACAGACUCGGAAAGACGUACACGCACGGCACACCCCAUCACAAACACACACAUUCACGCUAUGGACUUGCACUGCACUCACAUCCUUUUUUGUUUUUUGUGUGUUAUUGAUGUGCCUGCGGGAAUCUUGAGGAGAGCACACAGAUUCAUGACGGUAGUCAUUACAAUCACUUUGAAGAAGAUGUUACUCUCAGGGUCUGCAGAGUGUAUGAAGGAGCGUUUGUGAGCUUUGGACUAACACGGUGAGCUGCCACACGUCCAUAUGCAAACACACACUCACAUAGCGGUCUUAAUGGGGUUGUGUUUCCAUGGCAUAUGUCAAUAUUUGUAAGUUUUGAAGCACACAUGCGGCCAUGAACAAAUAUUUUAUCUCAAAUUAUAUGGACAAUCUGAUUCGAUGGAAUGUGCGUGCGUGCGUGCGUGUGAGAGAAUGGCGCAUGAGUGUGAUGGUCUUUACAUUUCACUCUAGAAUGUGUCAAAUCCGUGACGGUUUCUUUUACCAGCAGUAGUAGUCAUUUUGUGUCAUCUUUUCUUUAAAGCUUAGGACAGGCCUGUUGGUUUCCAGCAAUAUAUGAUGUUAUUAAACAUGUGCCAAGAACAUCUUGAAUUCCAAUCUCCAAACACCAAAACCAGCAAGGGAAGGAAUUUCCUCUCAAGCAAAUCCUAAAUAUUUAAUUUAUCAUUUAUUCCCUUCUAUUAACCACAUUAUAUUUGUGAAUUUAAACUUUGAUCUUUUUUCUUGACCUCCUCGAGUUGCUGUCAACCUUUUAAGUCCUUUUUUGGCAGAGGGCAGAAUCCAAAUUUUUCAAGCGAAAAAUGUCAUGGGACCAAAGCAAACAAAAAUCAAUCAAAUAAUGAUGAUCUUAUCUCGGUCUGGAAUGCGGGCUUGUUUACUUUUGACACAAAGCUAUGGUUCUGCUGUGUUCCAACAACAGGUCACUCAUAAUUUCUGCCAUCUGUUAAAACAAUAGUCAUAUCAGCACUAAAAUCUCCAUGCACUGGUGCAAAGAACAUCACCACAAAUAUCCUACCUGUGUCAUGUCCUCGUCUUGUACUGUGCACACCUCGAUCAAAAUGUCAAUUUAAAAAGAAAAAAAACACCAUUAGAUUUUAGUCCAAGUGCGGUAGCCAAAGAGAUUCCCUUACUCAUAGUGCGACCCGAAGCUCUGCAAGUGAUCUACUUAAUGAUGCACAUUAAAAACGACUUUCAACACUGCCCUCCAGGAUCAAAACAAAACUUGAAGCCUCUCAUGGUGAAGAGGGGCACGUAUGGGAACAAAUAAGUUGUUGGUUUUUUUUGCAUUCCAGUGUUUCAUUCUGAAGGGUCUGGAAAACAGGCUGUGUUUUGUUUUCAAUUGUCAUACUAAUUAGUUUAACUGUGAUAUUUUUAUGAUGGCAGAGUGAAGUAUUUUUUAAAAGAAUGUAUCAUUGGUUCUAUUGUCAGACUAAAAAUGGGGUGCUGGGGAGGUAAGGCCCCGUUCAAA